UUUUUUUGUCCUGGUAGAUAAAUAAAUUCAAACAAAAUGAGUAGAAUGGAAGCUACUAGACAAGGUGCUUACAAAGGCAACACUAUAAAUACCAAUGAAUCACGUUUGCGACGCCAUGAGGUCACCGUGGAAUUGCGUAAAUCCAAAAAAGAGGAUCAAAUGUUCAAAAGGCGCAACAUUAAUGAGGAAGAUGUAACAUCACCGCUCAAAGAGUCCAAUGGCCAGUCACCGGUACAAAUGACCGUAGAUGAAAUAGUUGCGGCCAUGCACAGCACUGAGCCAGACAGACAAUUUGCUGGCAUGCAGGCAGCCCGUAAAAUGUUGUCUCGUGAACGUAAUCCUCCCAUUGAUCUAAUGAUUGGCCAUGGCAUUGUGCCCAUUUGCAUAAGAUUUUUACAAAACUUUGAAAACACUUUGCUGCAAUUCGAGGCGGCCUGGGCUUUAACCAACAUUGCCUCCGGCACUUCGGAACAAACACGUUGUGUGAUUGAAAACAAUGCUGUGCCACAUUUCAUUGCUUUGCUACAAUCGAAAAACAUUAAUUUAGCCGAACAGGCUGUCUGGGCUUUGGGUAAUAUUGCCGGGGAUGGUGCUGCUGCCCGUGAUAUUGUCAUCCAGCACAAUGUUAUUGAUGGCAUAUUGAGUUUGUGCAAUGACAGCACUCCCAUUUCGUUUUUGCGCAACAUUGUUUGGUUAAUGUCGAAUUUGUGUCGUAAUAAGAAUCCCUCACCUCCCUUUGCGGAAAUCAAACGUUUACUGCCUGUGUUGUCGCAGCUGUUGUGUGGCACAGAUAUUCAGGUGUUGGCUGAUGCCUGUUGGGCUUUGUCUUACGUUACGGACGAUGAGAAUCAAAAGAUACAGGCUGUGGUUGAUACCGGUGCUGUGCAACGUUUGGUUGCCUUGUUGGGCACUGAUGAGCCGGCCAUUAUUGUGCCGGCUUUGCGUAGUGUUGGUAAUAUUGUUACUGGAACUGAUCAACAGACUGAUGCCGUAAUUGCUGCUGGCGGUUUACCUAAGUUGGGUAUUUUAUUACAACAUGCAAAGAAUAAUAUUGUCAAGGAAGCUGCCUGGACUAUAAGUAAUAUAACAGCCGGAAAUCAAAAACAAAUACAAGCUGUUAUUGAUGCGGACAUUUUCACCCAAAUACGUAAUGUCCUGGAAAAGGGAGACUUUAAAUCACAAAAGGAGGCCGCCUGGGCUGUUACCAACACCACCACAUCCGGCACUCCCGAACAGAUAAUCGAUCUAAUUGAAAAAUAUCAAAUACUAAAACCAUUCUGUGAUUUACUUGAUGCCCGAGAUCCGCGUACCAUUAAGGUGGUGCUGACCGGCCUAUCGAAUCUGUUUGCUUUGGCUGAUAGAUUGGGUGGUGCGGAAAAUCUGUGUCUUAUGGUGGAGGAAAUGGGCGGUUUGGACAAAUUGGAGAAUUUGCAACAGCAUGAAAACGAAGAGGUCUACAAGAAAGCCUAUGCCAUUGUGGAUGCUUACUUUAGCAGUGGUGAUGGUGCUGAAUCGGAGUUGGCACCCCAAGAAGUUAAUGGUGCUUUGGAAUUUAAUGCACAACAAACAAAAGCCCCUGAGGGUGGUUUUACCUUUUAAACAUUUAAACUGUACAACGAACGAAUGAACGAACACACAUUCCCCCAUUUAAAUUUUCAUUUAUUUUUAUUAUUAUUAUAAUUUUAUAUGUAUUUGUUUCCUUUGCUCAACAAAACUGAUUACUUAAGCUUCAUAAUAAAGCAAUUGCUUUUGUAGUAGUAGUAGGAGUGUUAGUUAAGUAA